UUUCAUUUUAUCAUACACAUUUAAUUGCUGAAGUCCCAUGUCUCUCAGACACUGGCUUGUUUGAAAACUACCGUGUGAAUGUGUUAUUUUUCCUUUUGUAUUCCAUUUUUUCAUUCUUAUUUUGCAUCUUCUGCCCAAAUUUAGAUGAGAUAUUAGUAAUUCCAUUAUACAUUGUGGAUAUUAAGUAGAAGUGAAAUUGAAAUGAGUGAGCAAAACUUUGAAAUAAAAAGUCUUUACAUGUAUAGGAUAACAAAGUAUACAAUGAAAGCAAAGUUUUUGUAGUCACUGAAUUUUUUUUAAUUUUAGGUGGACACUAUUUUAUUUUUAUGUGGUGCUGAGGAUCAAACCCCCAGUGCCUCACAUAUGCUAGGUGAGCACUCCACCACUAAGUCAUAACCCCAGCCCCCAUGUAGUCAUGAUUUUUAUUGCUGAGACCUUAUUGCAGCAAUGUGAAAUUUAUCCCUUGUUGAUUUUUUUGGCACUAUUAAACCAGAAUCAUUAACUGAUUUUCAAUAAUUGAAGUUUCUAGACAAAUACAUUAGGAAUUUAUUUAUUUAUGAUCCAGAAGCUAUUUCUCUGCCUUAGUUUCUUAAGAGUUCAUGAAUUCUGGAGAAAAAAAAGUAUUUCAUAAAAUCAUGUUACAUGUUUGUGAGAAUAUCUGUGUUAGAAAUUUGUUUUAGUGAACUGUAGGAUCAGUGUUAAAAAGAAUACAUAUAAUGUUAAUCUCUAGGUGGAGCCAAAGAGUUUUAAGUUUUGAAGCUUAUCCUCUUUUUGCUGUUAAAUGAGUACUAAACCCCUGUCUUCGCACAUCCACUGUCCUGAAAUGGAGGCGUAUUUCACAAGAUGUUAGACCUUGGUUGACUUAACAGGUUUUUAGACAAUGGUGAGGGCCAUCAGUGGCCUUUGCAAGAUCAGAGUAAAGUUUUAUUGCUAACUGCUUAGGUGUAGGUGGGUGGCUACACUACAGUGUUAGAGGAAAUUUUUAUAUUGGGAUAAGAAUAACAGGUGCUUAGAUAUAGAGUAGUGGUGUUUAGCAGAAUUUAUUUUUUUUAAGAGCAAUUUUAGGUUUACAGCAAAAAUGAGCAGAAAGUAUGAAGGGUUACCACACAUCUCUGUCUCCAUAUAUAGCCUCUUUCAACUCCCUACCACCACCCCUGCACUACAUUUGUUAGUCACUGGAUUUAUAUUGAUAUAUCAUCUUGUAAAUAGAACCAGAGUGGAGAAACAAGGGAGGGAUUGUAGAGAUCCAGGAUUGUCCACUCUGAAGCUCAUGCAGUGGGAUUAGGAAAUCAGUAGAUAGUUGUAGUGAGUAUGGGGGUAAGUAGGAAAAAUUUACAACAUUGCUGUCUGCUGGUGACAGCAGUUUCCUAGGGCAUAAAGUGAAAUGAUAAUCUGACAGAACUGAGGAUAGAAAUGUGUGGGUAUGAAAAUAUUUUGUGAACUGUGGAGAUGAUGAUUGGCACCUUACUUGAAUCCUACCUCUUUAAAUUUGCAAAGAGAUGUUCCACUUCCCCAUUCAUGUGAACCUUGGCACCUAGUAGGGUCAAAAAGUCACCUUAUCUCUUGAUUUCCAUUUUACUUAGUAUUUAUUUGUAAAUACUAUUAUUUGUUUUUUGGUUGUCUAUAUUAAGAAUGCAAGUUUGGCACCAGGCUGCUUGUAUUCACAUCUAGUCUCAGUCUGGGCCAAUAAGUCCUGUUUAGUUUCUUAAUUAGUAAAAUAGGGGAAAUGUUGGCACCAGUUUUAAUAGGAUUUCAGUGGAAAUUUAAUGUAAAGGUUUCGUGAAAUGUGUGGUAUUGGUCGUAAAUUUGAGCACUUCAAAUGUACAACUGGGAGCAAUGUAAAAUAACCUCUACUUUGUCACUCUGAUGGAUGAAAUGGACAACAAAUAUGGUAAGCUGAGUGCUUCAGGGAUGUACAGAGCCUCCUGAUAUCUUUAGGGGCCCAGCUCCACAGGAAGAUGGACAACUUUCUGUUCCUUUCUUUUUUGGGGUUUAAAAAUAUAUGUUUUCCACUUUUUGGUACUGAGGAUUGAAUCCAUGGUGCUUAACCACUGAGCCAUAUCCCCAGCCCUUUUUGAGACAGGAUCUUGGCAAGUCACCAUUUCAGUGAGGCUGGCUUUAAACUUGGGAUCCUUCUGCCUCAGCCUCCCAAGUUGCCAGGAUUCUAGGCACGCAGUCCCCCACUAUUUUGACAGAUUUGAUGUCAGAGCAGUCUCUGUUCUUGUUUUUUGUUACUGGGAAUUGAAUCAAGAUGCUCCUAACCACUGAACUGGUGUUUGAGAGAGGACCUUGCUGAGUUGCUGGGAUUACAGGUGUGCAUCUCUGCUUCCAGCUAUAGCAUUUCUAUCUGGAAUUCAUUUUCCCCAGCCACUCCCCAGUGUAAGACUUAAUUUUUAAAAUGCCUGGUACAUUGUAGACACUUGGCUCUAACCUCUUAAGCCAUUUGAAAUUUUGAGUCUCCAGUUGCAGUCAUUGGGUAUUUGGUGAUGGGGAAUGGUAGGAGGAGGAGUGGGGAAGACUUCAUUUAGUAAUAGAACAUGUUGAGAGAAUACUAUUCAUGCUAUGUAGCUGGAAGCUUUCACAAAGGAGGUAGAAUUCAGACCCCUGAUGACAGAACAGAAAUGGCAGAAGUUUGAAGUAGGAAUGUAAUAACCAAGAGGAUAUGAGGUUGAACCUGGUGGCACACACCUGUAAUCCAGUGGCUCUGGAGGCUGAGGCAGGAGGAUCACGAUUUCAAAACCAGUCUCAGCAAUUUAGUAAAGCACUAAGGAACUUAGUGACAUCCUGUCUCUAAGUAAAUACAAAAUACAGGUGAAGAAUAUGACUCAAUGGUCGAGUGCCCCUGAGUUCAAUGCCCCCCUCAAAAAAAAAAGGGAUGAAAAGAAACCAUUUAGUAAUAAAGUUUUGAUUACAAUCAUUGAGUCCCAAUGCUGCUUUAAUCCACAUAAUUCUAUGUAAGUGGUUCUAAGUGGUGGGCCACUUAAGUUCCAGGCCUAAUUUGGGUUGGAAAAUUGAAGUAUGUAUGUGUUGAGCAGUCUCCCUGGAGUCAAACCAUAUCACGUGCACUUUGUAGCUCUAGUAGAGGAGGUGUCAACGAUUUGGCAAAGUGCUGAGGCUUUAGAUCCUACUGUGCAAAAUUAGUGUGCUGUGCUUUGAAAGGGGACACCCUAGUUUUCAAAGGAAUCAAGAGUACGGGUUAAAAUACCCAUGAAAGCCUGAUUGCUUUAAAUCUGAAAAGUUAGCCUUUGGUACUAGCUGAUGAGCAAACAACCCAGAAACUACAUACACCUGUCUGAUUGCCCAUUACCUCCCCUUCUUCCCCUCGUGUUGUGUCACAACUGACCACUGAUAAACCUGCCUUGUUUCAGCACUUGCUCACCUCAGCACCCCAAGCAGUGACCUCUGGUGCAUGCCCUGGAAUCCCGGCAGCCUCCUAAUCUUACCCAGGCAACCACCCUGGUCCCUUAAGGCUAGGUCCCUUCCUCUGCAGGACUGGCCUGCAACCCGGUAGAGCGGAGCCCCGCAGCCCCAGGUGACAGGCCCCUAGCAACCGUUGCGCGCUUUGGACGGGCGUGGCUGCAGCUGCCCCAGCCGGGCGGAGCUGAGCCACGCUCCCCAGCAUCGCAGGGCUGCCGGCCGCCGAGCAUGAGCAUGCUUGUCCUGAGAGCAGCUCCCGUGCGAGUGCCCGGCCGACUGCCUCGUCCCACCACUCUGGACAGCACAGCAACGUGGCCGGGCUGGGCCAGGAGCUCGAGUCAGCACAGGGCCGCCGCUGGCUCCCGCGCUGCCCGUUACCCCCACUGCAGUCGUCGCUGCCAGAACUACCCCCCUUUUUACCACGGGCCCGGCACCACAAGAAGCCCUUCCCCUCUUACGAGGAGCUGCAGGGACACAUCUCAUUUUCAUCAGAUUUGUUGAAAGAAGAAGAAAAAAUGUCAGUGCUAUAUCCUGAAAUCAAAUUUGAGAAUUCUAACGUCACCAGAAGUUCCCUGAACACUUAUUUUCUUUUUGAGAGUAGUUGGAAGAAAGCAAUUUUAGAAACCCAGAAGAUGAGGAAAGAAUACCCCUCAGCAUUUGGUCUGGAAGAGUUCAAAGAAUGUGUCAAGAUGCCAUAUUUACCAGUAUUGCCAACAUGCCAAAAGAGUGUAAGUUCAACUCCACUGGAGAUUCAUAGACAACUGCUACACACAGAUGCCCAGAUGCCUACAAUCAGGAUAAAGAAGACAAAGGGUACAUGUGCCAUGGUACCACUUCAGGAGAAAUCAAAAGAUUCUAAUUUCAGUGACCCCGUUACUGGAGCACCAGUUCAGUACUUACAAAGACUUUCCAAAAUGGCUCUUUUGGAGUUUAAUACCAUUCGUCAGGAAACAAGUAAAAAAUCAAAAAAAGCCAAGAAGCGAGAGUUACGAGACUACUGAUAAAUACCAUACGGUGUGAUGCUUUCUUCACUGCUUUUUAAGGUUUAUAGUUGCUUUUUUUUUGUGAUAUGUGAUAUGAUGUGCAAUGAUUUACAUAAAAAUGGAAAUGUAAAUAUGAAAUAAAUAUUUUAUGUUAUACGUGGAAUGGUUUGUAUUUUGUUAACAUCACAAAGAGUCAUUUAAAUUAAGGGAAUAUAAGCAUUAGAGAAAUUAUAUUCCCUGAAUUUUAUGCACAUUGAUUUUUUUCCUUUAGACUUAAUUGACUCAACAUUAUUUGAGUACCUGUCUGUGCAAUGAACUUUGCUGCAGAAAGUCUUCCUGGAAGACAAAAGAAGACGGAAAGAGGAGGAGAGUCGGUGUCCUUGCAUGUUUUAUAUUAAUUUACACAAAUACACUAUUAAUAUGUAUGUGUUUGUCUGCAUUAUUACAAUGGAUUAGUUCCUAGGAGGAUAACUAAUUUAAAUGGUUUUGUUUAUAUUUUGAUUGGGAUCAUAUGAAUUUUGAUCAUAUGAGAACAUGUGAAUUUUCAAAAUCACAUAAAUUUUGAUGGAGAAUGAUUCAAAUACUACCUGUAUUAAAAGGUAUU